AUGGCAGAAAAGUGUUUUCCUCCUUCAGUAACUACUUUGCCAGUUAUUGACCUACCUCAUCUUCCAAGAGCUCCGCAGAUCAAUAUGGCAAUCACUCUCAACAACUUAGUUCUCACAGAGCAUGAAAACAAAGAAAUGCCAUCCUCUACUAUAUCAAAUGUAGUAUCUCAAUAUUCAGAUUCAAGUGAUCGAUUUGUAUUUGACUUCUAUCGCAGUCAAAGCUACGUUGAUCGGGUUCUCCUUAGCCAGGAUCGAGAUCGAAAUAGGCCAAGACCGAAUAAACUCGGUUCUAAUCCAAGGCUGACGAACUCCCAGGAAGAAAGUGAGGAUAUUGAAUAUGACGAUGAGCUUUUCCGCAGUACUGGCUAUGUAAUUAGCCGACCAAACUGUGGUAUUAUUGAAGAGGCUGCGUCAAGUGAUUGCGACUCAGAUAACUACAAUAACGAAAAUGGCGAAGACUCGGACUCAAACGACGAAUUUAAUUGGCGAAAUGACUAUCCAGAAGAGGAUUUAUCGGAUUCAGAUAGAUCUACUAAUAGUGAUAGUGACAGUAGUGAGGGCUACCAAAGG